CUGCACUAUUGUCGUUCGGUGUUCGUCCGACGACGUCGAAAGUAGUAACGUUUGUAUACCUGCGCGUGGAGUCCGGUUGCGACCCGGGUGGGAAGAAAAACAAAUAACGUUAGCUAAGUAUUUCUUUUUGACAUCCUCGCUCGUCGUCGUCGUAUAACAUCGGACUGUGGCCGCGAGGUUCCAUUUUGCCUUCGCACCUAGUGAGCUGUGUCGUCGGUUAGCCGCUUAGCAUCUAGAGCUAACGUGCGCUAGGCAACGAAGGACAUUUUUGUUUUGCCCCCGUCAACAAACAUUUCAAUUACAGUUGUAAAACUGUUCUAACCGGCCGAGGAAAUAAUGGGGUCGUCCAAGAAACACAAGGAAAAAACUCGCGAAAAGGACGCAGAAGACCGCCGCCGCGAGCAUAAGAAACAUCGCCACAAGGACCGCGAGAGAGACGCUUCGGACCGCGAUGCGACGCGCGAUAAAGACAAACGAAAACGCUCCAGGUCCCGGGACAGAAGCGCGCGGGACCGCGGCAAAGGCGAGCGCAGCGCCGGCGAGCCGCGGGUGAAGAAGGAGAAAGUCGACGUCGGCUAUGAAGAAGGCAAAAGCGACGUGGCGCCCCAGUCCGCGAGCGGAGACGCGUCCCUCAGCGUCGAGGAGACGAACAAACUCCGGGCCAAGCUGGGCCUGAAGCCCCUGGAGGUAAACGAGACCAAGAAGGAGCUUGGCACCAAGGAGGACCCGCUGGUGGCGGAGACCAUCAACCCCGUUCUUAUCAAAAAGCAGAAGGAUAUGAGGGAGAAGCUCGCGGCUAUGAAGGAAAAACGCAUCCAGAACCAGAAGCUGGGAAAAGUCAAGACCAUAGCCGAGGAAGACUGGCUGGAUGAUACGGCCGCUUGGGUCGAGAGGAGCAGAAAGAUGGCCAAGGAAAAGGAAAUGGCGGAUAAACGAGCCAAACUUCUGGAGGAGAUGGAUGAGGAAUUUGGCGUGAGCAGUCUGGUAGAGGAGGAGUUCGCCCAUAAGAAAAAGGAGUCGUACACGGCUCAAGAUCUAAAGGGACUCAAAGUGCAGCACAAGGUGGCCUCCUUCAACGAGGGCCAGACUGUCAUCCUGACCCUCCAAGACAAAGGGGUUCUUGAGGAGGAGGAAGACGUGCUCGUGAACGUGGGACUGGUGGACAAGGAGAAGGCCGAUAAGAACGUCGAGUUAAAGAAGAAAAAGCCUGACUACAAGCCCUACGACGAGGAGGAGAACGUGGACGACAUGGUUACCGUGAAGCCCCACGGUGUACUCUCAAAGUACGACGAGGAAAUCGAGGGAGAAAAGAAAAAGAGCUUCCGGUUGAACACGGGAGGCUUCGCCGACGGCGAGCGAGAGCGAGAGAUUCAAGCCAUGAGGGAGGCGCUGCGAAACCAGGCGCAGUCCCUGGAAAUGCCCGCUCUCGCCAUCGCCUCGGAGUACUACACGUCUCAGGAGAUGGUGGGCUUUAAAAAGACCAAACACCGCGUGAGGAAAAUCAGGAAGAAGGAGAAGCAGACCGCCGUGGACGAGCUCAAGAUCGACGACACCCGCAGCACGGAUUUCGGCUCCAGGACACGCGGUCGAGGCCGCAAGCGGUUGGAGGAGGAAGGCGAGGCCGUGCAGGUGGACAGCGCCACGCCCAGCGAUGCCCCCCAAACGUCCGAUGAUGUGCGGAUGGCCGAAAUGGAGAUGAGCGACGAGGAGGACUUUACUCCCCCUGAGCCAACUGUGUUGGAGGAGGACGAGGCCGAGCAGGAGCUGCAGAAACAGCUGGAGAAGCAGAGGAAGCUGAGGCAAAAGCAGCUGCUCAAGGACUCCGGGGAGAAGGUGGCGGAGAAGAUUAAAGAGCUCGAUCAAAGCGCCAAUGAAAAUGAUCCCGACCGGAAGAACAACAUUGUUUUCAACGCCACCUCUGAGUUUUGCAGAACCCUGGGUGACAUCCCGACGUACGGGCUGUCGGGCAACAGAGAGGACCAAGAAGACAUUAUGGACUUUGAGGAGAAGGCAGAGAAGGACGACGCCGGGGAUUCCGACUCGGAAAUGGACGAGAAUGUCGGAUGGAGCACCGUCAACCUGGAUGAAGAGGUGAAACCGCCGGAUUUUGCUACGGCCUGCGCCACCAUUUUGGACGAAGAGCCCAUCGUCAAGUCCGGCCUCGCUGCCGCUUUGCUGCUGUGCAAAAACAAAGGUCUGUUGGACACUGAAAUGCAGAAGAUAUCCCGCGUGAGAGCAACUAAAGGCGCCCUGCCCAACGACAACUACUGCAUCGAGGACAAGAUGGGCUUCGAUGACAAGUACAGUCGCAGAGAAGAGUACAGGGGCUUCACUCAAGAUUUCAAGGACAAGGAAAGCUACAAGCCCGAGGUCAAGAUCGAGUACGUGGAUGAAUCCGGACGAAGGCUCACCCCCAAAGAAGCUUUCCGCCAGCUUUCCCAUCGAUUCCACGGCAAAGGUUCUGGAAAGAUGAAGACUGAGAGGAGGAUGAAGAAGCUGGAGGAAGAGGCGCUGCUGAAGAAGAUGAGCAGCAGUGACACUCCUCUGGGGACGGUGGCGUUGCUUCAAGAAAAACAGAAAUCUCAGAAAACCCCAUAUAUCGUGCUUAGUGGGAGUGGGAAAAGUAUGAAUGCAAAUACCAUUACCAAAUAAGUCUGCAGCAAGAGUGAAUUAUCUUGAACACAUACAAUGACACAAUAAUUGAUAUACACACAGGAUGUUUUAAGUAAAGUAAAUGCCUACUUCAUACAAGUUCUGUUGUAGUAAAGAAUUGCCUAUUAAAACUUACAGAAAUCA